AUGUCUUCUGAAAGAGCGUGUAUGCUUUGCGGAGUAGUAUUAACAACGGCAGAGUUCACAAAGGAUGGAUGUCCGAACUGUCAAGGAAUAUUUGACGAAGCAGGUGUAAGCACAAUGGAGUGUACUUCUCCUUCCUUUGAAGGCCUCGUUGGAAUGUGCAAGCCCACCAAAUCGUGGGUUGCUAAGUGGAUCAGCGUAGAUCCUUAUGUACCCGGGAUGUACGCCAUCAAGGUUGAUGGAAGAUUACCGGUGGAAGUCUCUGACAUGUUGCCGCACUAUAAACCAAGGGAUGGGACUCAGGUAGAUUGA